UUUUGUAAUAGACCACCAUCGUUCCGUACCGUGUUGCUCACGCUGAUCAAACGAGAGUAGAGUCGAGAAGAGGUAGUUAUUUCAAACGUUAUCGGUGGUUCGUUCACCGAACUAGCGAACAGACUGGACCAGAUGUCGGCUAAAUCCGUACCAUUCGACGACUUUGGCCGCAGCAGCUCUUUUGCCUUCCUCCAUCGUGGAGGCUCUCGUCUAAGUAAGAUUGACGUUCGACGAUCAAAGUGUCCCGAAAAUCGCGGCCACGACAGCUUGGAAACUGUAUUUGGAACGAGCUGCAAAUCGCUGACCUUGAUAUACACGAUACAUAUACAUACGUACAUGUACAUUCGUAACAGGUUUGAAUAGGAUGUGAGUGCGUCUAUCGUUGACAAUGUUGUUCGAUUCUUUUUACGCAAAACGAAACGUGAAAGUUGGUAAAUGAAAAGGCACGAUAAGCUGAAAGAAGAGCGUGGCAUUCCAAAAAUAUCGACACCGCAAACCGUGUUAAGGAUUAUAUAAACUGUCCGUGAUGACAAGAUGGUGGAAUACGCCGAGCGACGUGCAACGCAAGCCAGUCGAAAGUCGAAGUUCCAAGUUUAGCCAGAUGACGCGGGUUAGCAAGGAGACACGAGUCUGAGCUUGGUAUGCCUGUUUCUAUCUAAUACUAAACAUAGCGUGGCGGGCAAUGAUCAUUUUAGGAAAAUCAUGGCCCAUACGAUUCACUGUUGAUCCCCGACGACUCGACUCGACUCGAUGAAUAAACAUAGUCGUUUAAAAAAGAAUAUAAUUAUACGAUUGCUGCGAGAAUCUUGGAGAUCCAACUUCUGCUGGCACGUGCAAGAAUACGCGGGACAAUCUUCAUUUAGUAAAAUCCGAGAAAGGCUGUGAAAUGUCGGAAGCUGCGAAGAGAAGGACUCGUUGAAUCGAAAACUGGUUGAUCCAAGUUUUCGUCUGUUUUAUAAAAAUAAAGGAACCGCAAGCUACGAGUUUGAGAAAUUCCACGAGGUAUAACGUUAUCAUUGUAACGGAGCAGUGUUGUUACGCGCGACGAAUCUGUCAACGUUUAUGGCAACGCGCUUGGUCAUUAAUCAACGCGAAUCCUGGCAACAGAAUCCCGCCAAGAACAACGCGACCAUUAAGUUUCAUGUUCCGCCACCUUUGUCCCGGAACAAUAAAACGGUCGGAUUGGCGCGGUAAGCUCGUUCGUGGUUGAUUGAAUGAUUGCGAGGUGUUCGGCUGUUUAGGAUGCCACCGGAAAUAAAUGGCAAAAGGUUUGAAUAAAUCUCGGACCGUAGAACGAUGCGCGAUGAUGACAGUAUUAGAGAGAGCCGUCUCUGAUCGGUACCGUGAAUAAUUUCCUAUCGAAUUACUCUCGUAGAGCUUCUGGUUACGUUACGUUGUACGUUUAUUCUCCGUUGAAGUAGCUAAUGGGUAAAAAGUCAGUCGGUCGCAGCAACGAUGAAAAUCCUGGCUCUCGAAGACAAAAGGAAGGAAGCUGGUUUCGCGGGGGUGGCUGGCGGGGAAGGCUAAAGAUAUGGAGACCGGAACGAAAAACUGUGGAAGGAGUCGGUGACUGUUAGCAGCUGGGGAAAAAGAGAGAAAGAGCGAAAUUCUUCGACUGCGUAGCUUUCUCAUUAUCGCGAUUGUUCCGCAAUGGGUACCGGUCGACAAUAGGCGACACAGUUUUUUCGUCGUGCAUAAAAGGACGUCGUACUACGUCUCUCCUACUCCUUUCUAUGCAUGCUGCUUUCUCUCUCUUUUUAGCUACAUUUCAAGUUGCUACAUUAUCCAUUGUGCCAGAACGCAGUUGAAACAGGUCUACAAAAGAGUCGAUAGUAGGUCAUCGACUGGUUUCUACACGCGCUUAUUUACUUCCUCCUUGUUUCUCAUUUCUCGCGCCUUCUUGUUUGCUCUCUCCGUCUCAAACACGAUCAAAAACACGCACAUUUUUAAAGCUCCGUUUCGCAAACUACGACGACUGUUCAAAAUUGGAUGAUUAACUUUUAUAUCACGGACGAGAAUUCGGUGGGAUUCCAGCACGCGCACGGACACAGAAAAGAAACAUAAUUUCGUCUCGGGAAUAAAAGUACCAAGCGCAUUUGCAGUUGGACUUGAAAGCGGCACCGACCUUCUCAUUCUCAUUUCGUCGCGUUGGCUCAACUAUGCGGAGGUCAACAAGGAAAUGCCAAGCGUAAUUGUAAUUGCGAAUUUCAAAGUUACGAUGAAAUCGAGAAAUUGUUCGGCUAGAUCUAGGCAAAUUUUAAAAGCGACAAAACGAAAGAACCGCUUUCUUAUUCUAUAAUGUGUAUUUUCAAACGAUGCUAUUCGAUUAGGGUAUUCAAAGACGUAGGGUAUCUGGAGCUGGCAUUUCAAAUCGUUUCGUGAACGUGAACGUGAACCUUGUGAAACGAAAAAUAAAAUUGCUCGAAAGGCGAGAAAAUGUGUAGGAUUUUGUUUCGAAAACAAAAGAAAGACAACAAUACUAUCAAUUAAGGUGUACAACGGAACGAAAAGACGACCUGAAUGCGGGCUGCAGAUUAAAACCAUGGAAGAAGAAAAGAAAAAAAGAGAAUUGUACAAAGAAAGAAACACUGGUAGGAUGCAAGGUGCACGCGAGGAAAAUUAUGUCGCGGAAAUGUCGAGAAUCUCGUGGUUGCUUUUCGUCGGUGAACCUAAAAACAGCCCUGUCGAGUAUAGGUCGUGUCGGGAGACGCAACGACGCCAACGGAAGAGGAGACGAGAUGAAAAAGAUGAAAUGGUCUUGUCACGCAAUCACUGUCGAAACUUGUUCGAUGAAAAACUUGUUUCGCUACGAAAAUCCAAACUUUCGUUCCAUUUCUUCUCCCCUGAAUGAUAGCGAUACUUGUUUCGUACGACGAAACAUUGAACGUCAAAAUGUCGGUAACGAAUCGUGUCGAGCGAAAGUGAACAAGAUACGUAUAGUGUAGAUGAAAAAAAUUGAAAUUUGCAUACGUAGAAUAUACUAUGUAUAUAGAUGUUACUCUGCUAUUGUAUUAGAAUAUACAGUACAUCGGUAUCCAGUAGUAUAGCUCGAUAAUAUGUCAGCCACGGUAUAGCUUCCUUGGGAAUAUAACAACCAACGUCUUUCGAAAAUGGGUUGAUGCGUACCGUUAAAAAUAUUUUCAAACAACGCGACUAGUGAUUCGGAAACUAGAUGAAAAUUUAACGCGACGAUCGAUUCUUCGAUUAUCCAACUUUUGGUCUCGAUAAAAUCUACAUCACUUUACCUAGCAACGAACUCGGUCUAUCUAUCUAUCUCCUUCUCGUACCUUUAUGUCGCCACAAAACACCACGAACAGGUUUUUUUUAGAGAUUCGCGUUGCCACUGUUUCCGAUAUUUCACCCUCGCCUCGUUCCGCGUCCUCGGUCACCUCCGCCGCGCAGCAUCGCAUCGCAUCGCAUCGGUUGCAUCUCCUUGAAGGCAGCGACUGGCUCAUAGCGGAUGCAACACGAUCCCUUUGUUGGCCGAAGAAUGAAAAAGUCUGCUGUGUAUCGCUCCGCUGAGCGGUCCGUGACUACACAAGCGACGCGUCACAACCGUAAAGAGUACCAGAAGUGACAGGACGGACAGAGUGCAGCCACGAGCAUCGAUGGCGGCCGCGAGCUUUCCGCCAAACUUUUCAAACGUCGGUAUUCUGGAGAACUGCGCCAGCAUGGAGGCGACGAAUGGUGCGAUCGAGCACGAUUUCCACAAUGCGUUGGUGCCCAUAAACGGUAGCCACUCGGGUAGCUCCGGAAGGAGUACACCAAACGGAGGCGAUCCGGCUCCAGGAAAACUGUUCGUCGGCGGCCUGUCUUGGCAGACUAGCAGCGAGAAGCUCAGGGAGUACUUUGGCAUGUUUGGUACCGUCACCGAUGUUCUCAUCAUGAAGGAUCCGGUCACACAGCGUAGUCGCGGAUUCGGCUUCAUCACGUUCGCCGAGCCGGGUAGCGUGGAGAAGGUGCUCAAGUGUCCAAUCCACACGUUGGAUGGUAAGAAGAUCGAUCCGAAGCACGCAACGCCGAAGAACCGCGCGAAACAGGCGAAUCGCACCAAAAAGAUCUUUGUUGGCGGCGUCAGUCAGGAUACCAGCAGCGACGAGGUAAAGGCCUACUUCAACCAGUUCGGUAAGGUCGAGGAGACGGUGAUGCUGAUGGAUCAACAGACCAAGCGACAUCGUGGUUUCGGAUUCGUGACAUUCGAGAACGAGGACGUGGUGGAUCGCGUGUGCGAGAUCCAUUUUCAUACGAUCAAGAACAAGAAGGUCGAGUGUAAGAAGGCUCAGCCGAAGGAGGCGGUUCAGCCGGGUGCGUUGGCUUUGGGGAAAAGGGUUGUGUUGGGCGCGUUAGGCGUCCGACUAGCGCCUCAACCACCGCUUCCGGUCGCCGCAGCUUCCCAGUUAGUCGCCGCUCAAGCACAGGCCCAAGUACAAGCGGCUGCGGCCGCGGCCGCUGCAGCUCAGGUCCAGAACGCCGUCGCCGGAUACGGGAAACUGUUUGCCAGUAGCUAUCCUGCGCUUUCCGCUUACAGAUACGCGCCGUACCCGAUUCCAGCCGCGGCGGUGGCCGCUGCUGCGGCUGCGGCAGCUCCGGCUCCUGCACCCGCGCCGCCCUCGGCCGCUGCCGCGGCUGCUGCUGCUGCCGCCGCGACGCCUGCCGCCGCGGCUGCUGCCGCAGCUGCACCUGCCAAUCCAUAUCAGGGCUAUUCGCUUACCAACGUCGACAUGUCCAGCUUUCAGGGCGUCGACUGGGGUUCCAUGUACGGUAUGGGCAUGUACGUCUAAGUCUAACUCUACGUCUACGUCUACGUCUACGUCUACGUCUACGUCUACGUCUACGUCUACGUCUAAGUCUAAGUCAUUCGACUCAUCGAAACCAACUCUGAUCCGAGUACGUACAGAGCACACGCUUUCACGAUUCUUGCGCGCGCUGGCCUAUACGCAUCUCCGCCUCUGCGUGCCCGCGCGCGUUAUUAAAUAUAUACAUCUAUACACACUGAUACGUAUUUAUAUACAUAGACAUAUACAUGUCAGUUAACGCGAUGGUAAAAUCGAUGACGAAAUCACCGUAAAUCCUUCCGAGCUUCCGAUUCGUUCGUACCCUAUAGUCUGUUAGUUUGUUCGGUGACUCCAAAAUGCGUUUUGAUAACGCAUCUUCGAGACUCGUUUUCUGUAGAAACGAAACACUAGGCGGCAAAUCACGGUACGUCUACGCACCCAAGACUCGCGUAGAUGAGAAGAAAUUGCGAAACGAUAGAGAAAACAUGGAAGCAUGAAAGGACGGAAGCGAGCUCUAAAAGGAUCAGAGUUGUGCGUAACGUCGAGCAGGGUAAGAGAACUUGCCCAGCCAGAAACAAAAGUCAUUCUUCUUGCGUUUAUUACUCAUCGUUAUCGCUUGUCACUUAAUUUAUUAGCGAGAGUGCAUGUCCGUGUGCGCGCGAGAAAGAAAGAAUGAGAGAUCGGUACGUAUUCGAUCGUAUCGCGUGUUUCGUUGCGAUAUCUUUUCAUCCUUGGCUCGAGUAGCCCACGAUUCAUUUUACCCACGCGAUUAUUCCACGUGUUUUGCGUUUCCAUCACACUUGGUUCCUAGUUAGAUUAGCACACUCCCUGAAACGCGAUACGGUGCGCGUUCUUUUCCGGCUUAUCGCCGUGCCCAACCGUACAUGAUAACUAACUAAUUACUUAAUUAAUUAAGCGAUAUUGGCGGCCGUAAACCACGACCGCCCUACUCUCAAGGAUCUCGACCAUAAGCAAUAAAACAGGGGAGUUAGAGAGAAAAGAGAGAAAGCUUGAAUGGGAGUGAGAGUGAGAGUGAGAGUGAGAGUGAGAGUGAGAGAUAGCUCUGGACGUUGUGCCGUGAACCGAGCUUGCGAACUGAAUCUACUAGCAUUACUUUCGUUCUAUCUUGGUUGUCCGCGGUUGCCCUCUUCCUUUAGAUUUAUGAUGGCGUUGCUCGUAACCAAGCGGAACCACGCGCCUAAAAGAAUGCGUCUGUUUCAACAGCCGUGCCGUGCCGUGCCGCGCCGCGCCGCGCCGCGCCGCGAGUCGGCGAUCCCAACACGUCGCUCCUUUCUUCCUCUCCAGAGAACGAGGCAGAUCUCCUUUUCGUCGCGCGAUACUCCUCCGCCUCGAUGAAAGUGCCAAACGAAAACGCUGGAUCGAUCCCUCGAGGGAUCGUCGCCGAAACUCCUCCGCACCAGCUUCCAUCGGCAGCGCGCAAUCUUCUCCGUUUGUUCGUGGUUUCGCGUGUGCUUCCGCUCGGCUAUUAGCUUCGCGACGACAACAACAGGUCGAUCCUAAGGACACACUCCGAUACAUACACACACAGCUACACUUAUACGUAAACACACAGGAUCGGUGACGCGACGAUACACGCGUACACGGAGAGACACCAUUAUGGCGAACUCGUACGAAAUAUGUACAAGAAACGCGUCGUAAUAGGAAUAGCUAUAGGUAUACAUAUAUUUUUCUCCGAGUAAUGGACGACAAUAUUUACUCCAUCGCGCGAAUAGUAGACUCGUUAAAGUUUGAACGAGAACAACGCGCGAUUAGAGCAUGCAAAACAGAGACAAACGCGUUUUUCAUGAAUGAUACUCACGUUUCUAAGUAUAGUUUGAUAGUCGCGAACAUAGCGACUACGAAAGCGACUGCGGUAACAAGUACCCAAGAUCGAGAUUAGCUCAGCGUUACGUUAAGCGCGCCUAGUUUGUAAGUUUGAAGCAGGUUUAAGCUAGACUUUUAAGGCGUUCGUGACAAAACAAAGUCGAUACUUAAUUUAUACGAAUUCGCGCGCGCGUCACGCUCCUCUCGUUUUCGGCGAUAAAACACUACCGAGAUGGCUGCCGUUUCCGAGACAUCGAUCUUUCGCUAUUUUCCUCUCGCAAUCUUGCCAAUUCUCGCCAUCUUGCUUUUCAAGUAUCGAUCCUUGUCGUCUGAACAACCUAUCCUUCUGUUUUUCUUUCGGUUUUCUUCUUUUGCUACCUUUCUUUAUUUUCUUUUUCUUUUAUUUUUUUUUCACGUAACCGCGAUUCCAAGUACGAUUCACGGGCGUGAAAGAGUACGAGCGUAUCAGUCCGAUUGGCGUUUCGUUUAUUUAUUUGUAUAUCGAGAAUUUCGAUUAGCCUAUUUACAGAAAGUAAGUCGAACGAUCGAAAGCUUUUCGAUGGAAAUGCGAAAGAUCGACGAACAAAGGGCAGCGAAGCGUAAGCGUUUUAGAAGAGAAGUCGAUUAAUUAAUAAAAUGUACGAGUCGUCGAUGGCGAGAAGAAGGUGUCGCGACGAUCCGUGCGAGAAAUUUCGAGCAAUAAGCGAUAUCCACUGAAACCUUCGAGUUGUACCGUUUACGUUUAAUGAUUGCGAUAAGCGAGAGGAGAUACAUAAAAAACAAAGGAAAACAAAAAAAAAGAAGACGUACGAUAAUAUGCGAAUGCGCGAAAGCCUCGCUGUUCGCUGUUCGCUGUUUGCUGUUCGCUGUUCGCUGUUUGACGAACAGACAGCAAGGAAGAAGUUUCUUCCAAACAACAAGUAAUAUUCUUUAGUGAUAUACAUCUUAAUAUACUUACUUAACGUAUAUCCUAAUCUUAACGACGACAAAGCUCGCGAGUGAUAUUUAUGACUUACACGUAAGAUGAUAUUUAGAAUGAUAAGUGGAAAGAAAGAAAGAAAGAAAGAAAGAAAGA